AUGGAUGCCCGCCCAGACUACUAUAUCCGGAACACUAUUGGAGAUUUCCUAAGCAAGGAUUCCAGUGUUUCAACCUGGGACACUCCCAUCACAGCACCAAAUGGAAACACCUAUAUAGAUUAUAGCCAUUGUGACAUUAUGUCAAGUCAUAUUUUUCUUUGCUUCAUUGUUAUCUUGGGGGGAAUGGCAGCAAAUGCCAUGGUCCUAUGGUUUCUGGGCUUCCGCUUGCAAAGGAAUGCCUUCUCUGUCUACAUCCUCAACUUGGCUGUGGCUGACUUCCUCUUCCUGUGCUUUGAGUUUAUACUUUUCCUUCUUUUUAUCAGUCACACCUUCUAUGCCAUUCCCAUUCACAUCACUUUUUUUUCUGCUGUUGUGUUAAAAUUUGCUUACUUUUGUGGGCUGAACAUUCUUAGCGCCAUUAGCAUUGAACGCCGCCUGUCUGUCAUGUGGCCCACCUGGUAUCGUUGCAAACGCCCAAGGCACACAUCAGCUGUCAUGUGUGCAUUGCUUUGGUCUCUGUCUCUGUUGUUCACUGUCCUGGAUGUGACAGCAUGUGGUGUACUGUUUAGUAGUUUUGACAUGUUUUGGAGUCAGAUAUUUGAUUUCAUCAUUGUGUCCUGGUCAAUAUUUUUAUUUGUGAUUCUCUGUGGGUCCAAUCUUACCCUGAUGGUCAGGAUCCUCUGUGGCUCACAUCGGAUUCCUGUGACCAGGCUGUAUGUGACCCUUGUAAUCACUGUGUUGUUCUUCCUGAUCUUUGGUCUUCCCUCGGGGAUCUACUGGCACCUCUACAGAUGGAUUGGCGACUUAUAUUAUGUUCAAAUUUGCUAUGACUCUGUGAUAGUAUUCCUAUCCUGCAUUAACAGCAGUGCCAACCCCAUAAUUUACUUCUUUGUUGGCGCCAUCAGACACCGAAGGUUCCAGAGGAAGUCUCUGAAGCUGUUUCUCCAGAGAGCCCUGCAGGACACUCCUGAGGAGGAGGAAGGUGGGGAAAGGGGUUCUUCAGGAGAGCCACAAGAACUGGACACUGUGUAG